AUGGAUGACAGUCAACCUCUGCUGGGUGCUGCUGAGCAGACUGUUAGGAAGCGGAAUACAUCAGAAAAGAAAAAACACUGGACUGAAAAUAUCCCUGAAUAUGCCAGAGUUUACCUUGCACGUCGAAAGAAACCCGAUCCUGCUUACGUCAAAAUAAUCGAGGCUUUGGUUGUCAUUGGUACCAUCUUGUUUGCUAUAUACUGCUACUUAUAUUUUGAGAAUGUCCAUUUCCAUGCAAUCAAUGCCUAUGCCCAUCUUGGAUAUUCAGAAGCCCAACAUCAGGUCGGACAAAGAUAUCUACAUGGUAUUGGUGUCAGUGCCCAUCCCGAAAAGGCAAUGGAAUGGUUUAAGAAAGCCAGUGACCAGGGCCACCCCCACGCAAGCUUCAACUUGGCUGUUGGACAUUUGAAAGGCAUCAAGACGCCACUAAAAACUGGUGAAGCGCAUUCACUGAUUGCCGAAGCAGCGCAGAAAGGGAUGUCAGAGGCCCACGAAACACUACACCACAAUUUAUAUAUUAAUAUCUUUCUCAUUACAUUCGGAUAUCUAUCUAUCUAUCUAUCUAUCUAUCUAUCUAUCUAA